AAUACAAUUCUCUAUUUCUCUUUAUACAUUCAAUUUCAACAUGGUAUCAGAGCAGGUUUAGAACCUAAUAUUUUCGCUUCACCGGCGGGCGGCAACCUCACCUUAGCCGUCCGCCGGACCUCAACCAAAUUCCGCUAAAGUUUUCUACACGCCCUCACUCCGCCGCCGUAUUUCACCGCCGCUUAUCUUCCUCCGGCCAAAUUCCUCUCAAACUCCAUGUCUUUGCCACUGCUAGGCAGUCGGUCUAUGCUUACAGGAGUAAAUGAUGUCAACACCUAUGUAUUAGAAGGAACUUGUGAUAUUGUCCAUACACAAGUAGAUUAUGACACCACUCUGGAAGACUUAGUUGCUCAGGUGAUGGUUCCUGUAAGAUCCCCAGCCGUGGCACUUAUUGUCACUAAUGCCUUGAUGUUGCGUAUGCCUUUUGAAGCUCUGGCAGAAACAUGUGAGGCAUCAUCUGCUUUCGACAUGCCCUUACUGCUAUUUGUAGCCCUUGUAGGGGCCACAGUUGGAGGACUGCUUGCAAGACACAGGAGAGGAGAAUUGGAACGGCUGAAUGAGCAGUUGCGCCAGAUCAAUGCAGCACUAAGAAGGCAAGCAAAGAUCGAGUCUUAUGCCCCCACUCUGAGUUAUGCUCCUGUUAGUGGUAGAAUACAAGAAAAUGAAGUAAUUGUUGAUCCAAGGAAGCAUGAAUUGAUUUCCCAUUUGAAAUCUGGAAAGAAUUUUCUGAGGAACCAAGAUCCAGAGAAGGCAUUUGUGGAGUUUAACACUGCUGUGUUGUUUUUGAGAAGAGUCAGAAAACUUGCAACGAAAUUCCUCUCUCUCACUUUACUUUUUCAAACCCACAGCUCCUUUUUCUUUCACCACAUGAUCCCCUUUCUUUUCUUUUCUUUAUUUUCCACUUUGGAGAGUUAUCAGCGACUAGUGGGUAAGCUUAUUUACUUAUCUCACUCUCGUCCUGAUAUUGCUAUUGCUGUCAGUAUGGUUAGCCAGUUUAUGCAUGUUCCUCAUCAAAUUCACUUAGAAGCUGUUAUGAGAAUUCUGAGUGCUAGUCAAAAAGAUAAGUCCAUUAAGGAGUUCUACAAUGAGAUGACGACUUAUUGGGAUCAACUUGCUUUGAUGGAACCGUUAGAUUUACAGUUACUUGACAGUUAUACCAAGUAUCGGGAGAAGCAACAUCUUGUUCAAUUUCUUAUAGCCCUUCAUGAUCAACUUGAGCCACUUCGAGGAGCUAUUCUUCAUCGGUCUCCCUUGCCUUUUGUGGAUGGUGCUAUUCGUGAGCUUAUUGCGGAAGAAACUCGGUUUAAGAUGGCUCAUGGUGCUCCUGCUUCCUAG